UUAUUGCAAAGUUGGCGAUAGUGUUCAACGAAGAGAAUACCACAACACCACGGAUCUAACGUGGGCGGGUGAGUUUCAGAAUAUAUACGCACAGCUUUCCCAUCUCAAUAGAUUUUGGUUCUUGAGGAUGGAGGCCAAGCACUUGCAAUCUCGUGUCGCCAUAGUCACCUUUCCACUACAUGGCCACCAAAAUCCGAUGAUGCGACUGGCGUGUCGCCUUGCAAACUUGGGAAUCCGGGUCACAUUCUUCACCAGCAAAUGGUUUGAGAAAUCCGCAAAACCAUCCAAGGCCUACGAGGAGCUCAUCAAGGUGGUGGGCAUCGAGGGAGGAUUGGAUGACAAUCAGCUCAACAGCAGCAACGAUGCCAUCGCCGAUGUGUUGCGAGAAUCCGAGAAGAUGAGACAGCCCUUUGAGAAGCUAGUGCUCGCCGAUGAGGAGGAGAAUGGGACGCCAUUCGCGUGCUUGAUUGUCGACGCGUGCUUCCCAUGGCUUCCGGAAGUUCGUCACAGGUUUGUGGCUGGAUUCUGGGCGAGCACCGUUGCUUGUGCGAGUGUCAUGGUUACGCUGCCAGACCUCGUAGCGAAAGGAUACCUCCCAGCCCAAGGUGAGAAGUUGCUUUCUCCAGGAGCAAAUGGACUAGCUCUAGCAGGCAUUCCAUUCUACUUCCACACCGCCAACGAGGAGGAUCUCAGGAUGAGCAUCGAGUUUGGGCAGGUGCUUCUUCAUUCUGGGAUGAGCUGCCUGCUGCUAAACAGCUUCGAGGGCGCGGAGAAGCAGAGAAUCCAAGAGCUCCAGAGCCUGCUGCCUUGUCCGUGCCUCCCAGUGGGUCCUCUAAUGGCGACUGACCAGAAUGGGAUCGCUCGACACGCUGAUCGUUGCCUCGAGUGGCUCGACCAGCAAGAGCCCAAGUCCGUGGUCUACGUCUCCUUUGGAACGCUCGCGUAUGUCUCCGCGCAGCAGUUCGAGGAGCUCGCGCUGGGGCUGGAGUCGAGUGGAGCGUCCUUUCUCUGGGUGGUCAGGCCUACACUCGUUGACAAGCAAGAAGACGUCGAGACCUUCCUCGAGGAGUUUCGAAAGAGGACGAGCGCGAAAGGUUUGAUCGUAGCUUGGGCGAAUCAGCUCCAAAUCCUGGCUCAUCCAUCGGUUGGAUUGUUUCUCUCUCACUGCGGCUGGAACUCGACGUUGGAGGCUGUGUGGAGCGGCGUGCCCGUGCUGGCCUGGCCCCUCUUUGACGAGCAGAACGUUUGCGCUCGCUAUCUCGUCCACGACUGGAAGGCCGGCACUCCGAUCAGCGACGCUGCACUGGCGAAGUCGGGCGUGCUUGUAAGUCGGAAGGAAGUCCGAGAUGGCGUAAGAUCCGGCCUCCGGGACGAGUCUCUUCGCUACAGCAUGAAGCGAGCGUCCAAGGCUGCUCGCGAGGCUGUCCAGCCAGGAGGCUCCUCGUUUUCCAGCAUCGAAAAGCUAGUCCUUGCGAUUAAAGCCGGAUCAUGGAGCUCGUAGAAUUCUUCGAAGUAUCGUGAAUUCUUCACCCCCUUCUCACACUGGAUCAUCGUUUCACCAUACAAAAACUUCUUUCAACUGCAUUGAUUUCAUCAAAUUCGUUUCGUUUUACUGGUCUUGAAUUGAGAACGUUUGGUUUU